CUGGUGUUGAUGGCUUGCCGCUGAUUGCCAGCCAUAGAGCAUUGAUGACAUUCACGUCUUGCAGUAAGUGACGGGAUUACCUCCCCAUUCUAACGAUAUGGCCAGAAUCUGGUCGAGCAGGACGACUUUGUGUCUGCUGAUUGGUUUGGCGCUCUUGGAUAUAAGCAGUUGCCAGUUGGACUCUCCGGGACCGUUCUUAACUCAGUUUGAUAAUGGAGUUUCUGUUCGUAUAUUUAACUUGACCAAGACAGAGAAAUAUGUGUAUGGCGGGCUUGAACUUUCUACCAACCAACAGACGUGGGGAUUCCCCUGUCAUGAAAACUUUGAAACAGAAACCAGCAGAGUUAUCUGCCGGAUGUUCAACUACACACGAGGGGAGGCAAUAUCUGGCAGCAGGUUAGGUACCAGCGCACACAGCCGCUUCCCCCAUGACUUCAGGUGCUCUGGGCACGAGGAGAGCCUGACCCUGUGUGAGAUGGACUUCACCAACACCUUCAUCACGUGCCACGCUAACGAGAGCGUCGGGAUCCUGUGUUUUAAUAACAUCAGUGAUGUUUUACAGAUGCGACUAAGCAAAGAAGUUCGAACACCAGUACAAAUGUCUGGUCGUCUGGAGGUCAGGUUGUCUCCCGUGCUAGACUGGGGUUCUGUUUGUGACGACACAUUCACUGAUCAAUCGGCACAAUCGGCGUGCAGAUAUCUUGGUUUCAAAAUAGGAGAGAUUUCAGAAGACAAAGGUGAAGGGUCAACGGCAAGUGAAACUCUCUUAGAUGAAGUUUCGUGUAGUGCUGGCCAGGAGUUUCUAGAUUGUAACCACAAUAUUUGGGGCAUUCAUGAUUGCAAUCGCGUUGAAGAUGUGGCCAUUUCCUGUAUUAAAACAAAUGUGCGGUUGUUGUCUCUUGUCAAAACUGACUCUCAUCUUGGAACUGUUGAGCUAUACAAUGAAAAGGAAAGAGGCUGGUUUGAAGUUUGUGGUGUGGGAUGGAAAGAUUCGAAUGCAAAGGUAGUGUGUAGGGAGGUGGGGUUUACAGAUGGCAAAGCCCUCCAGUGGAACAGUUUAGGGGCUGUUGCCUACGGCAGCUUUACAGCAGCGGGUUCCUACACCAACGUGUCCUGUGAUGGCACAGAGUCCACGCUGUCGCAAUGUUCACUGGAAGAGACAACACUGUGUGAGUUCCGCGACUCCAUCAUUGACCUGGCAUCAGUCAUCUGUUACAACACGUCGCUGGCUCAAGUUGACAUGACGGAUGCUGUCCGUAUAGCCAGUGAUGCUGGAGCCUCGUCGGAUGCAGGGUUUCUAGAGCUGCGACAUUUUGGUGUCUGGGGUAGGGUCUGUGAUGGUGGGAGAAACUCCAAGUUUUCAGCUGUUUCAGACAGGGAAGCAACUGUGGCUUGUAAGAUGAUGGGCUAUGUUGGUGGCAAAAGACUGGGACCUGUGACGUCUGCUGACAAACACCACAUCUGGUUGAGGGGGUUCCAAUGUCAGGGCAAUGAAAGCGCCAUUGCUCAGUGUUCUACACCUGACUGGGGUGCACCUGGGGAUAGCUGUGACACACCUGUCCGUGUUGUUUGCUUCAGGAAAGAUCUUAACCUGCAUCUGACGCAGUUCAACAACCAGACAGGCUUGUUGAGUGUUGUUCAUGACGAGAGAACAUCAGGUGUGUGUGCUGACAACUGGACUAACCUAGAGGCUGACGCUGCCUGUAAAGUUUUAAAAUUUACUGGGGGGAGAACCUGGACACCGCAGACUAGCCAGAGCAUUAAUAGCAGGACUGUGAUUGGCUCUGUGUCUUGUGAUUCAUCUGAUGAGACUUUUUACAAAUGUGUCAAGGACAAAUGGGAAAUUGAUGCAUCACAGUGUCACAAAGGACAGGCUGGUGUUAGCUGUUUUACAAAUGUAAAACUUGAUCCAGGCUGGAAAAAUACUGGAAUUUUACAAGUCUUUAACCAACAACUGGACGCCUGGGAAACAGUUUGUAGGUCAGGAUUUACCAAUGUCAGUGCAACCAUUGCUUGUCGUCAGCUGGGCUUUAAGCUUGGCACCGUGCUGCCCGCAGGAGUUUUUGGCUCGUACUACUCCUCCAACAGGAGAUUCAAUGUCAGCUGUCGUGGACAGGAGAGCUCCAUCAGUGAUUGUCCUUACGACAACAUCACCACCGCCGGCUGCAACUUAUACAGCAGCUACACGUCCAUCAGCUGUUUUGAUGAGAUCAGCACUGACCUUAAAAAUAGUUAUUCUCUAGAAACGAAUCAAUCAUCCAAUGUAUCGGGUGUUGUCAAAGUUUACCAAAACAACACCUGGGGCUACGUGUGUGAGGAGAUGUUCACAGAUGACGAUGCCAGGGUGUAUUGCAGUGAGAUAGGGAAGUUAACAGGGCAGAACUUCCAGAGGGGCAUUAAGUUUGACGCUGGCUAUGACAUUACUGGACCUUACUUCCAUUCAUUCCCCAACUGUUCCAGCAAUGACACGGUGUUACAAGAUUGUAAAAGUAGCCGCUUCCUCUGCUCUGCUGCUAAAGCUGCUGCUGUGUUGUGCUUUACUUCUGGAGCUCCAAGCCUAAAUUUGGUUGAAGAUCACACCCAGGUGCAUUCUGGGAGACUUCAGCUGACCAUUGGUAGUGAGACAGGUGCCAUCUGUGGAGAUAAGUGGACUGACCAUGAUGCUGAGGUAGCCUGUAAGAUGAUCAACCCAAACUUUGUGACUGGGAUAGCUAAAUUAUACGACAGAAGUAACCUGGAAUUCUUCAUGUCGGGGCUGCAAUGUUCAGGCAGUGAAUUGAGUUUAUUCCACUGUAAAAAUGAUGGCUGGAGAAGUAAAAGUAAUGUGGCUUGCCAGGGCAGUGUCAAAGAAGCUGGUGUAAUCUGCUCAACUAAUGUAAUUUUGACCAAUGCAACCUUCACAAGAGAAAGUAUAUCUGGUAAACUAGUGAUAACAAAAUACAGCAGACAAUAUGACGUCUGCUACGAUAUGUCCUUCACAUUUAAGAUGGCAGAAUUAGCCUGUUCAGAGCUUGGCUACAGAUAUGCUGCCAUACUCAAGCCAGCGGCCACUGAUGAUCUGAGUCGCUUCUACAUGAUGAAAACUUUUUACUGCACGGAAUCAGCAAAAAGUCUAGCCCAGUGCCAGACAAGUGUGGGCUACUGCAGCCAUGGGCACGUCCGUCUGCUCUGUUAUCAGAACCCUCUCAAUGAUUUAAAUCGCUGGUCUUAUAACAGUCAAGCACCAGGUCGACUGAGGUCAGACAUACUGGACACGUACUCAGGUGUCAUUUGUCCAGUGAACUUCCGUGAUGCAGAUGCUAUUAAAAUAUGUAAGGCAAACGGUUACAUGUCAGGGAAGUCCCUGAGCUCUACACAGAUCACAGAGACUAGUGGCAGAGAACUGGUGUGGUUUGGACCCCCUAAAUGUUCUACACUAGAUGGUGGGGUGGAGCAAUGUUCUCUACAGAUGAAUGUCUCCAGGGAAUGUUUGUCUAAGUCCUAUUCAGCUGGAGUUCUUUGUUUGAGCAACAGUGACUCCUUUGGCUACAGGCUGAUGGACAACACGCGCCAGACCUUGUUUGCUGGUAGGGUGGAGAUGAAGGUGGACAAUGUCUGGGGGACGGUGUGUAACCAACAUGGGGGGUGGCUGCAGGCCCGCGUCUUGUGUAGGGAGCUGGGCUUCAUUGAUGGCGUUGUUCUGCCCAGCUCACCCAAACGUUAUGGCAAUGGAACGGGGCCCAUUUAUUUAAAGGACGUGGCUUGCAACCAUGAUGAUUCUCAUUUUUUGGGCUGUCUCAACGCUGGAUGGUCCGAAACAUCAAACUGCACGCAUGCUGAUGAUUUGGAGGUUAUUUGUUACACAAAAGAAAGAUUCUACCCCUUCCCUGAAAACCAUUACGGUGCCGUAUCUCUGAUCUCCAAUGGAGCGUAUCGUCUCAUAUGUUCAGACAACUUUACUGACACAGAGGCUUCAGUGUUUUGUUCUGCCAUGGGUUACAUAGGCGGCGUUUCCAUUUGCUGCUCUGGGAUCAGUGUCCCACACUCAGAAAUAGGAAUAAGCCACAUGCACUGUGGAGGAUCAGAAAAAUCUUUGAUAAACUGUAGCUUUGCUGAAACACUGGAGAAAUCUUCCUGCCCCUCCCAGCUGUAUGCUUCAGCUGCUUGCUCUCUCACUCCUCAGUCUGAAAACUAUGCUUUAUCUUUGGAAAAAUCACACUACGGGCGAAUUAAUAUAAAUUAUUAUAGUUUAAAUAAAUUUAUGUGUCAUAACAACUUGACAAAAAACAUUGCUCAAGUAGUUUGUAGAGAGGCUGGAUAUAAUAAUGGGAUGGCCUUUGUGAGUGCUGGGUCAGCUGAUUUUACCUGGGCAGCUCAAAUAGAAUGUCAGGGGUCUGAGGCGAGAAUUGACAGGUGCUCCAAAUUUUCAUUAGGGAAGACAAAACCUUGUCAGAUGAUACCCAGUGUUUACUGUCUGAGAAAUAAUGAAGAUGAUUCUAUGCAGUUACAACUUAGAGAUGGAACAUCAAAAAACAUGGGGCGGCUAGAAGUUCAGAUAGGUGGUGUGUGGGGGAGUGUGUGCAUUAAAAAUACACUCAGUGCUAACCAUAAUGCAGCAGCUGUAAUCUGUAAGGAGCUUGGAUAUAAGGAUGGAAAAGUUUUGCCACCUGGUACUUUUUCACAAAAUGCCGGGCAAAUAUGGCUGGCAGGCAUCAACUGUACGGGAUCAGAAACCAGCUUUAAAGACUGCCAGCUCGUCCUGUAUACAAACGAGGAUAGUGAUUGUCAAAGUCAUCUUUUUGAUCUAGCAAUUGAGUGCUAUCUAGGCGCAAGACUUGUCAAUGGCCCACCCAAUGCUGAAGGCAGAGGUCAACUACAAAUCCAGGACAACACAACAGGCAGCUGGCAGUAUGUGUGUGAUGCUGGGGUGACAGACACAGAGGCAACAGUGGUCUGUGCAAGUCUGGGCUACAAGUUUGGCAAGCAGCAGUGUUGUAGUGCUGCAGGAAGGGUUUCACGUCUGGCAACAUUUGUCACAUCCAUCUCCUGCCGCGGGACUGAGACUGAUGUCAACAAGUGCAGCAUCACCAGAGGGGGGACCUGUUCCAGCCAGAAUUAUGCUUAUGUCCACUGUAGCAAUACAGCUUUUCUUGAGGAAAAUUUCCUCAUUGGACCCAUGGAAAGUUUUGUUGGAGUGCCCAAAGUUCACCGUUAUGGAAUUGAAGGCUAUAUAUGUGCUCAGAAUGUAACAGACACUGAGGCAGCUGUUAUGUGUAGGGAUAUGGGAUAUGUAGGGGGGCGACGUCUGUGGCCGGCCAAUGCUUCAGUAAAUGAGGUUUGUUUGUUGAAUGGACUCAACUGCACAGGCCAGGACAGAAAUGUCAGCAGAUGUACCUACCCCAGCAUGGCCAGUACAGGAACCUGUUUCACCAGACAGUCUGCACAGAUACUUUGUCAGAGAACUUUUGCUACCAUAUCAUACCGCAUCAGUUCCGAGACUUCAGCCCAUUCAGGUAGAGCUGAGAUCAUCAUUGAUGACAAACCAUUUCUCAUAGAGAGUCGAGGGCUGGGGUCAGAUGAAGCGUCAGUGUUCUGCCGCAGUGUUAACGCCAAGAUGUACGCCUAUGGGAGUUUGUAUUCAGGUCAAACAGCAGACGUGUUGCCAUCCCUGCAGGUGAUGAUGUCCAGCGUCAUCUGCCAGGGGAAUGAGAGCAGCAUCCUGGACUGUAAGGCCAACUUUACCCUCAAGUAUUUGAGUUCCAGCAGCAAAGUAGCUCACUUCAUAUGUCAUCGUGCUGUGGAGCUUGAACAAGGCCCCACUCAUUCAGCUGGAAUCCUCACACUUUACAACGCCAAGCUGAAAGAUUUUGGUGCCAUUUGUAAUAAUAACUUUGGACAGAAUGAAACAACUGUGGCUUGUAGAAUGUUGGGCUUUGAAAAUGGUCUGACACAUUGUUGUCUCCCUUUUGGCUAUAACUACUACGACAUUUACCACAAGAACUUUAAAUGCACUGGGCAGGAGCAGUCUUUGUUUGAAUGUCACUACGACUCAGCCCAGGUGUACACACCUUACUUCUGCAGUGGCAGGCAGGAUUAUGUGGGGCUCACCUGUUACAAUGGAACUAAACCCAGAGAUUUUCAACUAGCCUUGGUAGGAUCAAGCAGCAACGCCCACACAGGUCUCCUGCGCGUGACCUACCUGGAGACCCAGGGCUCAGUCUGUAAUGACAAGUGGAACGACUCCUCUGCUCGGGUAGCCUGCAGGGAGCUGGGAUUUCUUGACGGGAAAGCUUACACACAUUUUAGACCUUCCUUCACCUUAAAUGAUAACGCUGGACCUUUCUGGAUCUCUAAUGUUGAAUGCUCAGGAAAUGAAUCACGUCUAGCAGACUGCAAGCAUACAGCUGUUGGUGAUGUCACUUCCUGUUCAUCUGGUCAUUUUGCUGGCCUACUUUGUACUAAAAGUGGAGAAAUUGAGUUCCGUAUUUCUGGCACUGAUAAAGCCCACUACGGGCGUGUUGAGAUUAGCAUCAAUGGUGUGUGGGGUUCCUUGUGUGAUCGCUACUGGGACUCUAGAGAUGCCUCUGUACUCUGUCGCCAGCUUGGAUUUGUCAAUGGAGAUGUGUUUGAAACCAGUGGUUUAGUAAGGGCAACAGGACCUGUGUGGGAGAUCAGCCCCAGGUGUGUGGGGAAAGAAACCAACAUCAACAUGUGCCCUCAUGAGGGCUGGAAAUCCAACAUCAGCAAUUCUUGCUCUGGUCACAUGAGGGAUGCUGGGGUCUUUUGUUAUACUUCUGUAAAACUAGGCACAGGUGCAGGUAAAUCGUUCUUCCAUGGGCCUGUCCACUACUUUGAAAACGGAGAAUGGUAUAAGAUCUGUGACGACGGUUUCACUGACAUGUCAGCCAGGAAGGUGUGUCAGGAGUUGGGUUUCUAUGACGGACAGGCUCUCUGCUGCUCCGCCUACGACGGGGAGACUGCAAGCCUUGAGGCCGUCCAUGCUAAUGUUUCUAUCCAGUGCUCAGGGGAAGAGGCCAGCCUCAAGGACUGUGUGCGUAUGGAAGUCUGCAGAUCUGGUCUCUACGCGUCGGUUGCAUGCUUUGAAAUCAACUCUACUAAGUCUGAUCAGAACUACAGUUUAAGUUUGGUGGAGAGCUCACCUGGGAUAGGUACCAUAGGUGUCACCUACUUGGGGGUGUCAGGUCGCGUCUGUAGCCAUGGAUGGACUGAUAAGGAAGCUAAAGUUUUUUGUAAAGAGAAACGUUACGAUGAUGGUUUUGCUUACUACCACUCUUAUGCUGAGAGCUACAUCUCAGCCUCCAGCCUAGGUCCCUAUUGGUUGAGCAAUGUCACAUGCCAAGGGAGUGAAGCAAGACUGAUAGACUGCCAGCAUCAAGGGAGGUUAACUCUGGGGAACUGCACCAAGGCCCACUCAGCUGCUGUUGUUUGUUUCUCCACCACAGGUGUUCAGUACAGACUGAAGGGAGCAAACUCUAACCAAACAAAUUCUGGUAGAAUAGAGAUGGCUAUUGAUGACAAAUGGGGCACCAUCUGUGGUCGCUCCUGGGACAACAGAGAUGCUGGUGUGGCCUGUAAACAGAUAGGCUUUACUGAUGGUGAAGCCGAGGCUCCGGGAAAAUAUGGCAGAGGUGAUGGCCCCACCUGGCUCAGGGACAUCCACUGUAAGGGAGAUGAAUCCGCCCUGCAUAAAUGUCCUCACACUGGCUUCCAAGCAGAUCCUCCAGAACAGAAUGCCUUCCCUUGGCUACCAACACCAUGUUCAGACCAUAAUGAUGAUGCCACUUUGUUCUGCUUCCAGGAUGUGAAGCUGCAGCAGAAACUAGGGGUCACCAGUGGGGCUCUGCUCUACAGCCACAACAAGAGAUGGGUUUACAUUUGUGACUCGGAUACCUUCACUCAGAGAGAGGCCAAGGUUGCAUGCAAAAGUUUGUUGCAGAACUUUGUUGAUGGCGUCGCUAUACGUGGUGGUUUGUUUGGUGACAUGGAUGCUGCCUUGUCCAUUGGUGUUACUUCUGUUACCUGCUCAGGUCCAGAAACCUCCCUGUCCCAGUGUCAGGUGACCUCCACUGGAAACUGUACAUCAAAAACCUACAUCUCAGUUGCUUGUUUCACUCAACCUUUGACCUCUGAGGAUUUCAAGUUUAAAGUCAGGUUGUCAGAUGACACAAUCAAAACAAAUGAGAAUCAUGGGAUACUGGAGGUUCGUGUCAAUGGAGCCUGGGGCAGGGUCUGUAACAACAACUUUACAGAGCUGGAGGCCAAUGUGGCAUGCAAACAAAUUGGAAAUUACACUGGUGGCGUCCCCUAUCUACAUUUAUUCCGGAAUCGCCUACCAGUGCUGUGGAAUCAAGUCACUUGUUCUGGACAUGAAAGUUCUUUAGAUCAGUGCCAGCACUCCAGCCUCCACCAUCCCAACUGUUCUUAUGAGUCUAAUGAUGCUGGGGUCAUUUGCUAUAGGGGUGAAGGUGUAAAAUACAGGCUGAGGGGAGGUAAAUCUGCCCAAGUAGGAAGAGUUGAAAUAGGUAUAGAUGGGAAGUUUGGCACAGUGUGUGGCAUCAACUGGCACGCAGCCAACUCCAGGGUGUUGUGUAGGUCCCUGGGCUAUGUGGACGGUGUACCAUCACACGAGGUCAACUCUUCACUCACCAGCAUGGAUCCCUACAUGAGCUUUUUCCUGUGUGAUGGCACAGAGAAAAAUUUGUUCUCCUGUUUGAAUUCUGGAUUUGAUGGUGGGAAUCAUGUUUUUAUAUGCGGAGGUGACUCAUACACUCAGUGCUACAAUGAAGAAGUCAAGAUCACAAACUUUAGAAUAGGAGAUGGCCAGGAGAGUGAAGGACGAGUUGAAGUUUUUGCCUCAGGGAUGGGGGUCUGGGGGACUGUCUGUGAUGAUGACUGGGAUGAUACAGAUGCUGGAGUCUUCUGUAGAGCACUGGGCUUUGAUGAUGGUGUUGCCAGAUCAGGCAGCUACAAGCUGGGUACCGGUGACAUCCUGCUGGACGACGUCAGCUGUAAGGGCACAGAGAAAUCUUUCUCUCAGUGUCAGCACAAGGGCAUCGCGACACACAACUGUGAGCACUCUGAAGAUGCUGGGGUUCAAUGUUUUAAUCAUACAAGAACAACAACUGUACAAGUUUCAACAACUGGUCCACCAACAACUGUUAGGACCACACCCACCCCUAAACCUACCAUGACAACAACUUUACCACUUACCACCACCAAACUCUCCACUCCCUCAACAACCACAGCAUCAACAACAACAACAACAUCCAGUAGUACCAGCACAACCACACCCAGUGAUCUGGAGACUCAGCAACAAGCGGACCAAGAGGAGAAAAAGAAUACAGUCGUCAUUGCAGCCUGCAUUGUCAUUGUUGUUGCCAUCACUCUCAUCGUUGUCAUCGUUGUGGUGGUGCUGCGAUACAAAGGCCACUUCAAGCUUGGGAUCCCCCAUGAGAGGUUCCACAACGAGAUAGAGCAGACGCAGGACAUGUCUGUAGCUGUGCCCAACAGGAUGUUUGACAUCUCCAACCCCAGCAACUUUGACCCCAUGAGCCAGUACAUGGCUGAAGGCCCAGAGGUCCAUCUUGACCGCGCGGGAUAUGUCACGUUCUCCAAGGGUACCCCCCCAGAAACAAAAGACCAAGAUGGACACACAGGUUUUGUUAACCCUUUAUACUCCGCAGUGACACAACCUGUGACCACAGACCUUGACCAUACAGACAGCAGCCAUUACUCUGUCACCUGAGACAUUCAAAAUUGUUUAGUUCAUGUGAAUAAUUGUUUCGUUUACUGCAACAUAUUUAUGUUGUUGUUUUUUUUUAUUAUUGAAAAAAUAUCCAUCAUUCUUUCAUUUUACUAUGUUUAAUGUUUUACAAUUAUUACGGCGCAUAUACAAUAACAUUUAUUCAUUGACAAAGCUAAAAUAGAAAUCCUUGUUUUAAUGACUCAAGCAUGCAUAUAAGCAGAAAAUAUGUAAUAAAAUUUAAACUAGCAAUUAUUUAUUUCUUACAUUUAUUUUAGAAAUAAAUAAUAUAUGCUUAUUCUCAGUUAGUUUUUUUUAAAUCCAUGAUUUUUAUGAACAAUCCACAAAAAAAUUAACUAAUUUUUAAAACUGCAAAUUAAUUGUAAUCAUGAAUAAUAAUUUGAAGAAUUUUUAUACAAUUGUGUUUUUUAAAAUGUAUAUUUAUUUUCCUCUUGUGCUAUGUAUAUUUCAUGGUAAAAUCUUUUUAGAUUGUUAGAUAUAAUUCACAACUUAUCGUUGAUAUUUAAAAAUUAAUAUAAGUAAUUUGUCCUUGUAAACAAGAGAAUAUUUGAAGUUUGGAGAUGACCAGACUUAAAUAAUUAUUGCAAGACUUUUUUAAUCACUUGUGUAACAUAUAAUGCUAGGUUAAUUUUGUCAUUUUAUAAAAGUUUGUUGAUGUUAUAGCUUCUUCCUGGUUAAAAAUAUGUUUAAGUCUUGAAAGAAAAUUAUGUGAGUUUAAUUAUUAAUUGAUUCUUUUAUUUAGAAUAUCAGGAAAAAAAAAGGUGUAUUAAUUUUCUCUUAGAAGUUUAACAUUAACACCACGAUGUAGAAUGUAUUAAGUUACAUCCCUACUGAUACCAUCCUAACAGGAGUUAAUGUGUGGUUUAUUUUUCUCUGUGACAUGAUAAAAAAAUACUGUUAGAGUUGAUUUAAAAAGAUUUACCAUGCACAUGUUGUAAUUUAACUUUUAUUACGUUAUUAUGAAAACUGUUUGUUACAAGCUCAAAUAACAGGAGUGUACUGUAACCAUUGCCAUUCCACUAUGCAAGUAUAUAGCAGUGAUUGUUUUGAAAAUCUUUCUAACAAGUCUACUUCAACAAUUGCCAUUCCACUAUGCAAGUAUAUAGCAGUGAUUGUUAUAAAAAUCUUUCUAACAAGUCUACUUCAACAAUUGCCAUUCCACUAUGCAAGUAUCCAAUAAUUAAUGUGAAAAUUACUUUGCCUGUGCUAUACUCCAGUUCUCAUCACAUAAAAAAAGGUUAUGUUAUUUUUUUAAAUUUGGCAAUAACUUUUUUGAAAUAUUAAGUAUUUUAAAAACUUUUUAUCUUUUAAUUUUAUUAAAUACUACAAACGAUGUUAAUUAAAAAAAUAUUCCUUAAAAAUGUUUCUGCUUCAUUUGAAUUAAUUUAUAAAAACUGGUUGAUUCUGCCUUCCUUGAAAGUUUGUCUACAGUUGUUGCAUAAUUCAACACCUCACACAACUGUUUUUCAUUAUGUAUUUUGCAAAACUUAGAUCAAAUUCAAAAUUUGAACAGUUUGCGCAGCUUAUUCCUAUUUUUUAAAAUUAUAUGCAAUACUAACAUAAAUAUUUAUAAUUUAAUAAAAUAUACUUUUCUAAUGUAAAUAGUUAUUUG